AGGCUGUGAGGAAGAGGAAGAUGCCUUGGGCCCCCCAGGCAGGCCCCGAGCUGAGGAUGGAGAGCCCGGAGGAUAAAUCCCCUCUUGAGACCCUGGUGGGAGAGGCCGUUUUGAAGGGCUCCCCGGCGCAGGAAGGCAGCGGGGAGGAAAAGGGCCGGAGAUCCCCCCGCAGGAGGGGCUCCAAAGCCAUCCCAGGGUGCUCUGAGGAGGAAAGAGCCAGCCUGUGCUGGGAAGGCGGCCGGAGCUUGAGGGGGAGCUCUGAGCUGGUGGUCCCUGAUCAGCCUCCCAGCAGGGAGAAGCCCUUCAGGUGCUUGGAAUGUGGGAAGAGCUUCAGGACGAGCACCCACCUGAUCCGACACCAGCACAUCCACACUGGUGAAUGGCCCUAUCCGUGUGGGGAAUGUGGGAAGAGCUUCAGGGACAGCUCCAGUCUCCGCACCCACCGUCGCAUCCACACUGGGGAACAGCCCUACACGUGUGGGGAAUGUGGGAAGAGCUUCAACCAAAGCUCCAACCUCCGCACCCACCAGCGAAUUCACACUGGGGAACGUCCCUACAAGUGUGGGGAAUGUGGGAAGAGCUUCAACCAGAGCUCCAGCCUCCGCAUCCACCAGUACAUCCACACCGAGGAAUGGCCCUACAAGUGCUUGGAAUGUGGGAAGAGGUUUCAGACCACCUCAGGUCUCCUCAGGCAUGAGCGGACGCACACGGAUGAGAGGCCCUUCCGCUGCACCGACUGCGGGAAGAGCUUCAGUCGGAACUCCACUCUCAUCAGGCACCGGCGCAUCCACACCGGGGAGAGGCCCUACAAGUGUGGGGAGUGUGGGAAGAGCUUCACUGACAGCUCUGCCUUGACUCAGCACCAACGGACCCACCGGAAGAGCUUCGGCCGUAGGACUGACACGCAGAAAAGGUUUCAAAAGGUCUUCACGAUUUUGAGUAUCUGCACUCCAACAUCAGUUUAUUCUUUUGAAUAUGU